CACGGUGAGCGGAAGCAAAGAUGGCGGUGUUUCUGUAACGCAGGGCGGCUAGAUGAGCAAACGUCAACACGCAUUAGAUAACAGAUAACACACUUUCACAGCUUUGGGAUAUUAUUAUCGUUCAUGUAUAAACGUGUAUAUAUUUACAGCUGUUAAAAGUGUUUGUAACGCAGUGUAUUCGCGCUGUAGUGUAACACCGAUAAUGACAGAGCAAUAACAACACAGCCGCCCAGGCAGGCAGGAGGGCAGGCAGGCAGGAGGGCAGUAGACGGGAUUUAAAUGUUCUUCUGGGUUUCAGAAAUGUGUUUCAGGUAAUCCCAACUUCCUGAGUUCCUCAGGUGUCAAUCUUCGACCGUUUUUUUUCUUUUCCUGUUGCAAUGGCGUCCACCGCAGCCGCCCCAGCGCCCGACAACCUCUCAGUGUCCUCACUGCUGUCUGGGGAGCUGGAGGAUGGGAAAGAGGAUGAAGACGGUGAGCUGGGUGACCUGGAAGUAAACCCUUAUGAUGGAUUACCUUACUCAUCGCGUUACUACUCCCUACUGGAGGAACGGCGGACUCUGCCCAUCUGGGGACUGAAGUACAACUUUCUGGAGCUGCUGGAGACUCAUAGCAUGGUGGUGCUGAGUGGAGAGGCUGGCAUGGGCAAGAGCACACAAGUGCCUCAGUGGUGUGUGGACUACGCGCUCUCUCUGCAGUUUACUCAGGGUCUAGUUUGCUGCUGUCAGCCGUACUCAGCAGCAGCAUGCAGCUUAGCCAUUCGUGUAGCUGAUGAAAUGGAUCUGAGUCUGGGCCUCGAAGUUGGUUACAGGGUCCCUCAUGAUGACGGCUGCACACCAGACACUUUACUACGUUUUGUCACAGAUGCACUACUGCUGGAAGAGAUGAUGUCAGACCCGCUGCUGCGGCGCUACGGCGUGCUGGUGGUGGACGAGGCGCAGGAGCGCACCGUAGCCAGUGACGUGCUCCUGGGCCUGCUGCGUGACGUGUGCCGGCAGCGUACAGAGCUUCGCGUGGUGGUGCUCGCUACGCCCCCUGUGGCCGGUACCAUCACGGAUUUCCUGGGUGAAGAAGUGCCUCACCUCAAAGUCCCCCCUGCCCCGGACCGGACUGUUGCAGAAACGCUGUACAGAGAUCCAACAGCUGGCAGAGACCCGGCCACAGCCGCAUGCCACAUGGUGCUGGAUCUGCACCGGCGAGGAGAAGAAGGAGAUAUACUAGUGUUCCUGCCCAGUGCACAGGAAAUCGGUGAUUGUGCGGCUCUGCUGGAGAAGGAGUGUGUAGCUCUGAGCCCACAGCUGGGAGCGCUGCGGGUCGUGCCGCUCCACACGGGCCUCGGUGCAGCCGCUCAGCACGUUUACACUCCAGACGGAGACGACGGCCAAGCUGAAACAAAAGAAGAGGAGAAAUCCGGACCAUGUAUAAGACGCAGGGUCCUCCUUUCAGACGCUCUGGGAGAAGCCUCGUUCUCUUUGCCCAACAUUCGUUACGUCAUCGAUACAGGACUUGAACUGAAAACUGUAUACAAUCCACAGAUUCGGGCCGACUCCCAGGUUCAGCGGCCAAUCAGCAAGCACCAGGCAGACGCCCGCUCUCAGAAAGUGAACAGCUCGCUGCCGGGAGUGUGUUUUCGUCUAUACCCCCAAUCCCUGUACGAGGAGGGAAUGCCUGAAGCUCGGUGUCCUGGAGUAGCCGAGGCGAACCUCAGCCACCUGGUCUUGUUUCUUAAAAGACUGGACAUCGCUGAUAUGGGCCAGUGCAAGUUCCUGGAUCGGCCAGCACCCGAAGCGUUGAUGCAGGCUCUCGAGGACUUGGAUUACCUGGCUGCUCUGGAUGAUGACGGCAACCUGUCGGAGGUGGGAAUCAUCAUGUCUGAGCUCCCUCUGGAGCCGCCGCUGGCCAGAGCCCUUAUCGCAGCCUGCGAGUUUGACUGCGUCAGUGAAAUUCUGACCAUCGCUGCAAUGCUUACCGCUCCUUCGUGCUUUGCGAUUCCUCCACCCAAUAAAGAAGAGGCAGCAUUAACUCAUAGACGCCCCCUUUUGCACCCAGAAGGAGACCAUCUGACCCUCAUUAACAUCUACAAUGCCUACCUACAGCACAAUGAGGACGAAGCCUGGUGCAAUACUAACUUCCUGAACGCCUCUGCAUUGCGAUUGGCUGUGGCUAUAAGGGCGGAGCUGCUCGAGGUGAUGCAGCGAAUCGAGUUGCCCGUUUCGCCGCCUGCCUUCGGCUGCCAAGACAAUACGACCAAUAUAAAGCGGGCUCUCAUCUCCGGGUUCUUCCUUAAGGUUGCUCAUGAUGUAGAUGGUGCAGGGAAUUAUUUACUGCUGACACACCGACAUGUGGCUCACCUGCACCCCUUCUCUUCGUACCUGAGCCGUCGGCCGCGUCCCAAUCCUCCCAGCUGGGUCCUCUAUCACGACUUCACGAUCUCGCACGACAACUGCAUCCGCACCGUCACUCAAGUUCAUCCACACAUGCUGGUGGAAUUAGCCCCGCAGUACUAUUUGGAGAACCUUCCUCCCAGCGAUGGCAGGGAAUUAUUAAUGGAAAUCAGACAGAGUAUUUUUCCGCCAGAAGAACAGGAGAACGGAGAAGCUGAAGGCGAAGCACACGGACAGCGAUCAGGAGAGCAUAGAGACCAGUACAGUACGGAGAUGUGUGCACUGCAGUGAGGCACCUUUAGGGGGUAUGCAAGACCCUCAACGUUGCACUUUGGGAUUUACAGAUUUUCCCAAUAUGCUGUAUAAAUGAUAUACACUAUAAUGGUUUUGGGACACCCCUCCUCAUCAUUAAAUUCAGGUCUUAGUUCCAGUGAAAGGAACUCUUAAUGCUUCAGCAUACCAAGACAUUUUGGGCAAUUUCAUGCUCCAACCUUUGUGGGAACAGUUUGGGGAUGACCCCUUCCUGUUCCAACAUGACUGCACACCAGUGCACAAAGCAAGGUCCAUAAAGACCUGGAUGAGUGAGUUUGGUGUGGAGGAACUUAACAGAGUCCUGACCUCAACCCCACUGAACACCUAUGGGAUGAAUUAGAGCGGAGACUGCGAGACCACACCUUCUCAUCCAACACCAGUGCCUGACCUCACAAAUGCACUUAUAGAGGAAUGGUCAAAAAUUUCCAUAAAGACACCUUGUGGAAAACCUUCCCGGAAGAGUUGAAGCUGUUAUAGCUGCAAAGGGCGGGACAACCCCAUAUUAAAUUCAUGUGCAUUUAAAGGCAAACGUCCCAGUUUUUUGGCCUGGCUCGCAGUCUCUGCUCUAAUCCCAAAGGUUUUCUAUCAGGUUGAGGUCAGGCAUCUGUGCAGGCCAGUCAAGUCCUUGUCCAAAAUGUCCUUUCACUGGAACGAAGGGGCCAAGCCCAACCCCCGAAUUAAAUGAUUUGGAGGGGUGUCCCAAAACUUUUGGCAAUAUAAGUGUAGUUUAUAGUGUAGAGCAAGCGGUGAGCAAAAUCAGACUGUGAUGUGCACUAUACAAUUUCAACAGCACAGAAUCUGAACAAAUUCAGUUUCACUUAGUUUCUUUCCUUUUUGCUAUGAAGUGCUUGCUUCAAGCUCGUAUGAUAUAUCACUUAGAUCCUGGUUUUGCAGGAAAAACAACAGAAUCUACAUAUACCUUUAAAUACUGGAAAAACAUCAAGCAAUAAUGAGCAUGAUGUCAAGACUUGAGCUUGUAAUAUUAAUAAUUCUUUCUAAUAGAUAGUAAGAUUAUCAGCUUCUGACUUUAGACACUACAUUUACUGAGAUAUUUUAAUCCGGACUGUUUUGAACUCCAGGCCUUUCCCUUGCCCUCUUUUCAUGAAUGUAUUUAGUAUUUUAAGUAGAAUAAUAAUUCAGGGUUAACGUGAGCCUCGAGAACAGACUUGAAACCGAUCUCCGGAUUUCUCUCAGGGUUGUUUACACGAACCCGCUUUUUACUCGGACGAUGCUUCUAUUAUGUUCGGCGAAGGAUGCUUUUUCUACUACUUGUUCUUUGUAAUAUUUUAUUCUGAUCAAUCUUGUGGCUACUUCUAUUAAUUUAAAGAGGUUGUGUGUGUAAAUUACUGGUGUAAAUACUUCUUUUCUCCCAUAAUACUGUAAUACAUACAGCACAACAAAAAUCUGUAUAUUGUCUUUGAAAUCAAAGUAAGUUUGUAGGAAUUUUAGUCUGGGCAUUGCUUCAUAGUUGGAAUUAUUACUCUAUAGGCUAAACAAAGCUGUAUUUUUUGGGGGGGGGGGCCUCUGUAAUAAAA